AUGACUUCCUCACACCCUCCAAAUCUCUACGCCCCAGGGCAAUUUAUGAACCCGGGACCAGCUCCUCGACCUCCUACGGACCGUCCUCGUCUAAACCUAGGUGCCUCAACUGGCAGCAUACCGCAGGUUACCUCAUUUGAUCAGAUGUCCCUCGGACCCAAUUCACCAGCACCAUCUACAACCUCUGCGCCUUACUUCUCCAGCAACAGCAGCUCGCUCUCGCUGAUCAGCAGCAAGUCCCAGUCCAGUACGAAUGUCAUCAAAGAAGGCUACGUUCGUUGCAAAGAGGACAAGUUUUGGGGUGGGUGGAAUCAAAGAUACCUCAUUCUGCGAGAAUUUCGACUUGACUUCAUGAAGAAUGAGCAAGGAAACCUUAUGCACUCCAUCUUGUUGAACACCAUUGCGGGCGUCUCGCGCUCUGAGGAUACACGCAUGGCCUUCGAAAUUACGCGCACUGCCAGUGCCAAAAAAGGCGCCAAAACCAUCACGUGUGAGGUGAGGAACGAUGAUGAAAUCUACGACUGGAUCGACAAAAUCUACGUACGUUGUCCAAAGAUGGGAGGGGUGAGCAAUCCCACAAACUUCAGUCAUCGGGUUCAUGUCGGCUUUGAUCCUCAGACAGGAGGCUUCGUGGGCUUGCCGGUCGAGUGGGAGAAGCUCCUGACUGCAUCAGCAAUCACCAAAGAAGACUACAAGAAGAACCCGCAAGCUGUCAUUGAGGUGUUGGAAUUCUACUCUGACCACAAAAUGCGCGAGCAACAUCCGGAACUCUUUGCUGGUUCCGCUUCCGGGCAAAACGCUCCUGAGAUGUCACAAAAUCGCCCAUUUGGCCUUGGCGGCGUAGGCACAUCGAUCGCACCUCCAAGACCGGCUCCACCCUCCAGGGCAGAAACCUUUCCCACCAAUUACCAAGAGAUCACCCCUCCUAGAUCUGGCAACAAUACUCCUAAGCCAAGCUCACAGCGGGUGCCAACUGACAAGUCUGGCUAUGAUAUGGAAGCUGAUGCAGCAAGGAUCAAGGAGAUUGCCAAUCAAGAACAGCAGAGACGACAAGAAGAAGCUGCUCGAAAGGAAGAACUUCGUAGGGUUCGGGAAGUCCAGCGCAGACGCGAGCAAGACCGUGAGAGGGAAGAAAAGCGUGAGCGUGAGGAAGAACAAGCUCGCCGCGAUCUGGAAGCUUAUAAUGCAUCGAUACCGAAGUCGAGGACACCACUGGCACAGCAAGAGAUCGGCGGCUAUGGAGCAGAUAAUUCCCCAAGCCGUUACAAUCCCGCGAGAGCGGCGCCACAAGCCCCGGGUAGAGAGCGAGACAGGCAGCCGCAAAGCUCAUCCAGGCAGCCUACAACAUCUCAGCGAGCCGCUUCUUCCACCCCCGAUGGUGCCACUAGCACAUCUCGUUCACCGGCCCGUCCCCAUUUUGAGCCAUCCGCUGGUGGUGAUGGGCGAGUUCCGGAUGGAGCCAGACAGGAAUCAUCAAAUGAUGCUUACCGGACAGACCCGCGAAGUCAGCAAUCCCAAACUCGCCACCCUCCAAACGGUAUCAAUGGUGCAACGCAGUCAAGUCGCCUGCCAGCUCCGGUCCAGCAGGUCAAGCCGCUCAAUGUCUCCAACAAGCAGAAUCAAGUCCCCACUAAACAAGCAGCUACUCCUGACGCACGACAGCAAGCCGAGAUUGCUUUGACGACGAAGAAGCCGACGGAGGAGCGAAGCAAGGAGGUUCGCAUGUCGAGCAUGUCGGAAUCCGAAGUCAUGGCGAAGCUCAAGCAAGUCGUGUCGAGAGAUAACCCACUGGAAUCGUACUCGAAACAGAAAAAGAUUGGUCAAGGCGCCUCAGGAUCUGUUUAUGUGGCACGUGUCAAGGAAGGUGCUACGUCAAGCAUAGCACGUGAGAUCUACCGGACGCAAGGUCCAAAGGGGCAGGUUGCCAUCAAACAGAUGGAUCUGCGCAAUCAACCACGCAAAGAACUCAUCGUGAACGAGAUUAUCGUUAUGAAAGAUAGCAAGCACCCCAACAUCGUCAACUUCUUGGACUCGUUCCUCCAAGAGCAGAACAAUGAAUUGUGGGUGGUCAUGGAGUUUAUGGAAGGUGGUGCAUUGACGGAUGUCAUCGACAACAAUCCUGUGAUCACUGAAGACCAGAUUUCCACCAUCUGCUUCGAAACCUGUAAGGGAUUGGCACAUCUGCACAGUCAAGAUAUCAUUCAUCGUGAUAUCAAGUCCGACAACGUCCUCCUGGAUCGUGUUGGAAAUGUCAAGAUCACUGAUUUCGGCUUUUGCGCCAAGCUGACCGAGUCCAAGUCGAAGCGUGCUACCAUGGUAGGCACGCCGUACUGGAUGGCACCCGAGGUGGUCAAGCAGAAGGAGUAUGGUCCCAAGGUCGACAUCUGGUCGCUCGGUAUCAUGGCGAUCGAGAUGAUUGAAUCCGAACCACCCUAUCUUAAUGAAGAACCGCUCAAGGCAUUGUUCCUCAUUGCCACCAAUGGAACUCCUCGUUUAAAGAAUCCGAACAAGCUCAGCCGGGAGCUCAAGGCAUUCCUCAGCGUCUGCCUCUGUGUGGAUGUCAAGAGCAGAGCCGCGGCGGAUGAACUUCUUCAACACGACUUCAUGCGAAAUGGUUGCAGUCUGGCUAGUCUGGCAGAAAUGUUGAGGUGGAAGAACAACUCCGGCAAAUAA